AUGGCGAUAUACACUGCGCUGCCUGAGGAGUUGAGCGAGGUGGAUGUAAUUAUUGCGGGCGGUCUGUCACGAAUAUCCCCAAUUGCCAAACAAUCAAUCAAUCCACUAAUUCUACAACCAGGCGGCACGACGGGAUGUGUUGUAGCAGCAAGGCUGGCAGAAGCCGACCCAGGUCUCUCGAUCCUUGUCAUCGAGGCCGGUGCCAACAAUGAUAUACCACUGGUGUCUGUGCCAGCUCUUUGUUUGGUCAACCUAAUGCCAACCAGCACAACAAACAUGUUCUACCAGACGAACACAGAAAAACAACUUGGUGACAGAAAACUGAUUGUCCCAUCCGGAGGUGUUCUCGGGGGAGGCUCAUCGACAAAUCUACUGAUGUAUAGUCGUGCCCAACGAUCUGAUUUUGACUCGUGGGGAACGCCUGGUUGGUCGGCAGAGGAAAUGGUGCCGUACCUGCGAAAGCUGGAGACAUAUCACGGCCCCGGAGCAAAUGAUACCCAUGGCUCUAGCGGGCCCAUUCAUGUAUCCAGUGGCACAUAUCGAGCCCUGAAGUCCGAAAAUGAUUUUAUUCAAGCGGCAGAGAAAGUAGGCUGGAACGAGAUUGACGAUUUGUCGAGCUUGGAUGCAAACAAUGGAGUCCAGCGUGCGAUGCGCUAUAUUUCGCCUGAUGGGAAACGACAAGAUGCAGCAUCAAGAUACUUACACCCCAAAUUGCAGGACGGGAAGCAUCCAAAUCUCCACGUUCUUCUAGAAUCCAAGAUCGUGCGUGUGCUGUUCGAUCGUGAUACUAAAAAAGCCGCUGGGGUCGAGUAUAUAGCCAAAUCCGCCGGCGCUCCAGGAAACGACGAAUCCAAAAAUCUUCCUGUACAAAAAGCCAGAGCAAGAAAACUAGUUAUCGUUUCCUGCGGUGCCCUCGGAACUCCGCCCGUCCUCGAAAGAUCUGGCAUAGGAAGCCCCGAAAUUUUGCAACGAGCAGGAAUUCCCAUCGUGGCAGAAACACCUGGAGUUGGCCAUGAAUACGAAGAUCAUGAACUGCUUGUUUACCCUUACAAGAGCAGCCUAAGCGCAGAAGAAACGAUCGACGCAAUCGCCGGGGGUCGCCGUAAUGUUGAGGAGCUUCUCAAGAACAAUGAUAAAAUCUUGGGUUGGAACACCCAGGACAUCACCUGCAAGCUACGCCCAUCGGAGACUGAUAUAGCAGGUAUCGGAGCCGAAUUCCAAAACAUCUGGAAGCGUGAUUAUGCAAGUAAUCCGAAUAAGCCAUUGGUGUUGAUGUCACUUAUCAAUGGCUUCCCAGGUGAUCCAUCCAUUAUCCCAGCCGGGCAAUACGUCGGAAUCUCGGUCUUCACUGCUUAUCCAUACUCGCGCGGGCACCUACAUAUAACCGGACCCUCGCCCAGCGACGCGCUUGACUUUUCAACAGGCUUCUUUUCCGACCCCGACGACAUCGAUAUCAAAAAGCACAUGUGGGCAUACAAAAAACAGCGUGAAAUUGCCAGGCGCAUGCACACCUAUCGCGGCGAGGUUGUCUCGGGACAUCCCCCAUUCCCACCCACGUCCAAAGCUGCAUGCAUUGACAACGUAACCCACCACGAUCCGGAUAGUAUUCAAGAUAUCGAAUACACAGUCGAAGACGACGCCAUUCUCGCAACGUGGCUACGUGCAAAUGUAGGCACUACAUGGCAUUCCAUGGGGACAUGUAAAAUGGCGCCGUUGGCCAACAACGGCGUAGUAGAUGACAGGCUAAGGGUGUAUGGGGUUGAAGCGCUGAGGAUCGCAGACCUGAGCAUUCUACCGCAUAACGUUGCUGCGAAUACUAACAAUACGGCGUUGGUGGUGGGUGAAAAAGCGGCGGAUAUUUUCAUUGAGGAAUUAGGGUUGAAGUAG